AUGACCGGCAUAGUUCAGACUGACCUUGCUCAUCCUACCGCAACCAAAUACAAGGACGAGCCUGUGGACGAUCAUCUGCGCCAACAUCAUAUCUCUGGACACCGCGGUCCGCAGCAUUCUCACCUUCUCCAUCCGGGGCCAGCGAGUCUCGCCCAAAAACAGAAGCAACCCGAGUCACCACACCAGCCUACCACAGCCAUUCCUGGCUCAUACGCUCCCCAUACAUUAGGAAACGGAGUCUUGCAUCACCAGCAUCCAUACGGCCCACCCACUCACGAGCAGCCCUAUUAUACAUCUCAUCCAUCUUACACGACAGCCAGCGCACCAGGCCAGUAUCAUUCAAGCGGUCCUCAAGAAAUCAUGGCGACAACGCAAAUGCAACGGCCGUAUCCCCCAAUUUAUCAUACACCACAAUCGAGCUCGCCGGCCUCGGUAGCUUCCCAAACUCAUGAACAACAUAGUCGGAAUCUUUAUGCCCAAUCACCCCAGAUGAAUACGCUAUAUGGUUACCAACAGGCUUUAACAUCCCUCAACCCAGUUCAGCCUUCACCAUACGGAGCUCACCCCUCGCCUCAACAGCAUCCCCUCACCUCCCAGUCGCUGAUGAUGUCCCAUCAAACAAGCACCGCACAACUACCACACCAACCUUCCCAUCCCCCUCCAGGUACAUUGACAAGCCCCAGUUCUGCUACGGCACAACAACCAACGCCCCCUCAAAGAGCUGUAUUGAACCCACCCCGUUCUACCACUGCAGCUCCUCUUUCUGUGAACACUGUUCACCAUCAAAAUUCCACUGUUGGGGCAAGCUCUAGCGCCGCACCGGGUCCUAUCCCAGCUACAACCCCUCUAGUUGUACGGCAGGAUAGCAACGGCGUCCAGUGGAUUGCUUUUGAAUAUUCUCGAGACCGCGUGAAAAUGGAGUACACGAUUCGAUGCGAUGUCGAAUCUGUUAAUGUCGACAGCUUGGGCCAGGAGUUCAAGACAGAGAACUGCGUCUACCCUCGAGCCUGUUGUAGCAAAGACCAAUACAGGGGAAACCGACUGGUUUAUGAGACAGAGUGUAAUGCGGUUGGAUGGGCCUUGGCAGAUCUCAACCCUGCAUUGAGGGGUAAGCGUGGGCUAAUUCAGCGAGCUGUCGAUAGCUGGAGAAACAGCAACCAGGAUCCUCGACUUCGAAGCCGGCGGGUACGAAGAAUGGCUAAGAUGAACAGACGCCAAGGUGUGGCGCCGCAACCACCAGCCCACAUGGCUCCCACCACGCCCGUUGCCCCCGGAAUUCCCAGCUCCAGCCUUACUGCGGCCGGUCCACGUCCUGGACUUGGGCCUCUGGCGGCUAUGGGACCGCCUCAACUACACCAUCACCACGCUCAACCGGAAGGAGUCACCCCGAAUGAGGAAGUUAGCGGUGCUGCAGAAUUUGGAAAUGGUAUCAAUCGCCCACCUGCGCCAUCCGUCCCAGUACCAUCACCGACAGACAUCCGCGCUGCCCAGGUCUUCCAUGGAUACCCAGCAUUCCCACUUCCCCCCAACUCAGCUGCGGGACAUAGAGGCCCUUCUAUCCCCCCUCUUCUUCGAGAUACGGGAAUCAGCCCGCUUGGACGACACCCCACCGUUGCUACCUCGAACAACAGAGUUGAAGAAAUGGAUGAUUAUGACGAACGUGACCCGAGCAAAGAUGACCUCUUCGGGACACAGCCGGAUGGCAAGCGCCGCAAAUUCAUCCUGGUAGAUGAUGCUCAGCGAGGAUGUCGUGUCCGAGUUAAAGUUAUGUUGGACCAGGUCGACAUGAAUGAGAUUCCCGAUUCAUAUCGCAUGUCUAACUCGGUGUACCCUCGUACUUACUUUCCGGUACAGAUGAAGAGUCCGAGGACUCAACCGAUUGCAGGGAACAGAUACAUCAAGGAUAAUCUCGAGAAUGAUGAUGACGGAAAUGAUGAAGCGGCGACUAUUGGGAAAAUCAUGGUUCCCACUCCUCAGGUUGACGACCACAGUGAAAUCGCAGUCCCCAAAAUUUCUUGCCGACGCCACAGGAAGGAAGUGCUGUUGAACAAUCUAGGCUACCGGAUGAGCUGGAGCCAAAGCCGAGUGUUUGCGGGGCGGACGCUAUUCCUUCAACGAUCUUUGGAUGCGUAUCGCAACAAAAUGCGCAGCACAAUGCUAGGCGCGGGCCAUGAGCCGACAUCGAUCCCUCGGCAUUUCGAAACUCGCGCAGGCAAGCGACAAUUCCUCGAGCGUAGGAGGCGCACCGCUGCCUCUUCCGUUCGGGGAGCGGGAGGCGUGCAUACGCUUUCCGCCUCCCAGCACGAGGCGGAAGAAGUCGAACCUUGA